UAAAAAGCCUCCAACUUCCUCUCUCAUUUCUCACUUCACCAAUCCCAACGCACCACCACCACCACUCUCUGUUCGAUUGCUUCACUCCGCCGCUCUCGCCGCCGGUGUCCUAAACCCUAGAAAGAAACCCCCUCUUCCUAGGGUUUAGCUUCCUCAUCCAUUUCCACUUCAUCGUUGAUCGGAGAUUGAUCGUGAUGGAUCUUCCUAGUCUCGCUGUUAUACUCCAAGCCGCUCUUAGCCCCAAUCCCGAAGAACGCAAAGCAGCUGAGCAGAGCUUGGAUCAGUUCCAGUAUGCACCUCAGCAUCUGGUGAGACUGUUGCAAAUUAUUGUGGACAAUAACUGUGACAUGGGUGUGAGACAAGUGGCUAGCAUUCAUUUCAAGAACUUUAUUGCCAAGAAUUGGUCUCCUCUUGACUCCGAUGCCCCACAGAAGAUAUUGCAGAGUGAUAAAGAUGUAGUGAGGAAUCAUAUUCUCACGUUUGUUACUCAAGUUCCUCCUUUGUUGAGGGUGCAACUCGGUGAGUGCCUGAAAACAGUUAUACAUUCUGAUUAUCCUGAACAGUGGCCUCAUCUUCUUGAUUGGGUGAAGCAUAACUUACAGGAUCAACAAGUCUAUGGUGCCUUAUUUGUGCUGCGUAUUCUUUCUAGAAAAUACGAGUUCAAGUCAGAUGAGGAGAGGACUCCGGUUUAUCGCAUUGUUGAGGAAACGUUUCCCCACCUUCUCGAUAUAUUCAACAGGCUUGUCCAAAUUGUUAAUCCAUCACUUGAAGUAGCAGAUUUAAUCAAGCUUAUCUGUAAAAUUUUCUGGUCCUCCAUUUAUUUAGAGAUUCCAAAGCUGUUGUUUGAUCAAAAUAUCUUCAAUGCUUGGAUGAUACUUUUUCUAAAUGUAUUGGAGAGGCCUGUCCCCUUGGAAGGUCAACCUAUGGAUCCCGAGCUCAGAAAAUCAUGGGGUUGGUGGAAGGUCAAGAAGUGGACAGUUCACAUUCUAAAUAGGCUCUACACUCGUUUUGGUGACUUAAAGCUGCAAAACCCCGAAAACAAAGCCUUUGCUCAGAUGUUUCAGAAGCAUUAUGCAGGGAAGAUCUUAGAGUGUCACUUAAAUCUGUUGAAUGUUAUUCGCGUCGGGGGCUAUUUACCUGACAGAGUUAUCAACUUGAUCCUUCAAUAUCUAAGCAACAGUAUUUCAAGGAAUAGUAUGUAUACUCUGCUGCAGCCUCGGCUUGAUGUCCUCCUUUUUGAAAUAGUUUUUCCCCUCAUGUGCUUCAAUGAUAACGAUCAAAAGCUUUGGGAGGAAGAUCCACAUGAGUAUGUAAGGAAAGGCUAUGACAUAAUUGAAGAUUUGUAUAGUCCUAGGACUGCGUCUAUGGAUUUUGUGAGUGAGUUGGUUCGAAAACGCGGGAAAGAAAAUCUUCAUAAGUUCAUUCAAUUCAUAGUUGAAAUUUUCAGAAGGUAUGAUGAAGCUUCCAUAGAAUACAAGCCGUAUAGACAGAAAGAUGGUGCUCUUCUUGCUAUUGGUGCACUUUGUGACAAAUUGAAGCAGUCCGAGCCGUACAAAUCUGAACUUGAGCGUAUGUUAGUGCAACAUGUCUUUCCUGAGUUUAACAGUCCUGUUGGCCACCUUAGAGCUAAGGCAGCAUGGGUUGCAGGACAAUAUGCCCAUAUUAACUUCUCAGAUCAGAACAAUUUCCGGAGGGCAUUGCAGUGUGUUGUAUCCAGAAUGCAAGAUCCCGAACUUCCUGUGCGUGUGGAUUCUGUUUUUGCUUUGCGUUCUUUUAUUGAAGCUUGCAAAGAUUUGAAUGAAAUCCGUCCUAUUCUUCCUCAGCUCCUUGAUGAGUUUUUCAAACUUAUGAAUGAGGUUGAGAAUGAGGACCUUGUAUUUACUUUGGAGACUAUUGUGGACAAGUUUGGGGAAGAAAUGGCACCUUAUGCACUUGGGCUGUGCCAAAAUUUGGCAGCUGCAUUUUGGAGAUGUAUGAACACUGCAGAAGCUGAUGAUGAAGCUGAUGAUCCAGGUGCUCUAGCUGCAGUUGGUUGUUUACGUGCUAUUAGCACAAUCCUUGAAUCAGUGAGCAGGCUUCCUCACCUUUUUGUUCAAAUUGAGCCAACCUUGCUUCCGAUAAUGCGAAGAAUGUUAACAACUGAUGGUCAAGAGGUUUUUGAAGAAGUUCUGGAGAUUGUAUCAUAUAUGACCUUUUUCUCUCCAACAAUAUCAUUGGAUAUGUGGACUCUUUGGCCGUUGAUGAUGGAAGCACUGGCAGAUUGGGCAAUUGAUUUCUUUCCAAACAUUUUAGUUCCUUUGGACAACUAUAUUUCAAGGGGAACUGCCCAUUUCCUUACUUGCAAAGAACCCGACUAUCAACAGAGUCUAUGGAACAUGAUUUCAUCUAUAAUGGCUGAUAAGAAUAUGGAGGAUAAUGAUAUUGUACCAGCUCCAAAGCUUAUUGAAGUUGUCUUCCAGAAUUGCAGAGGGCAGGUGGACCAUUGGGUUGAGCCGUAUCUCCGAAUUACGGUUGAACGCUUGCAUCGGACUGAAAAAUCAUAUUUGAAAUGUCUUUUCUUUCAAGUGAUUGCAGAUGCUCUAUACUACAAUGCUGUGCUGACUCUCAGCAUACUGCAAAAGUUAGGUGUUGCAUCAGAAAUAUUCCAUGUUUGGUUUCAUUUGCUGGAACAAGUCAAGAAGAGCGGUUUGCGUGCUAAUUUCAAAAGGGAACAUGAGAAGAAAGUGUGCUGCCUUGGUUUAACAUCAUUACUGGCACUCCCAGCUGAUCAGUUACCAGGGGAGGCUUUAGGCCGGGUGUUCCGGGCCACUCUUGAACUUUUAGCUGCAUACAAGGAUCAAGUUGCAGAGGCUGCGAAAGAGGAAGAAGCUGAAGAUGAUGAUGAUAUGGAUGGCUUUCAGACUGAUGAUGACGAUGAGGAUGGCAGUGGUUUUGACAAGGAAAUGGGAGUUGAUGGUGAUGAUGGGGAUGAAGCUGAUGCUAUCACGCUUAGAAAGUUGGCUGAACAGGCGAAGUCAUUCCGGCCCCAUGAUUCAGAUGACGAUGAUUCAGAUGAUGACUUUAGUGAUGAUGAAGAGUUGCAGUCCCCAAUUGACGAGGUGGAUCCUUUUAUUUUCUUUGUGGAUGCAAUCAAAGUGAUACAAUCUUCAGAUCCAUUGAGGUUUGAGAACCUCACUCAGACACUUGAAUUCAAAUAUCAAGCGCUUGCUAAUGGCGUUGCUCAACAUGCUGAGCUGAGACGAGCUGAAAUUGAGAAGGAAAAAUUAGAGAAGUCAUCAGUUGGCACAGCUUCUUAAAGCCUAUGGAUUGAUUCUUUGUUCAUUUGUCCUGUUGCUUAUUUCUCAAGUUCUCGGCUCUUAUCAAUUCUUUAGGAGAAUCAAAGGGUUGCCAAUUUAUUUGAGGCAUUUUUUUGGCUCUACUCAGUCUUUUUGAGCCCUGAAGAGUUUGCAGUUUUGAUGGGCUCAGAACUUUGUGCAGUGAAGUUGCCGUUUCUAUUUGGUGCUUUUGUGCAACACUUUCGGUGGGAAGUGUCCAUUCUUUGCCAUGUUUGCGGUGUGCCCCUCCCCCCUUGUUGCGGGUCCUUCAUACUCUCCAUGAUCCAAGCUAUUCUGUUUCAUGAAUACGAGUUCUGUAAUAUUUCUUGCCUGUCACGUAGAUGGGAAUAUAGGGUCGUCGAUUGCUUUAUUGGUAAAUUCUUUGGGGAUGGUAUAAGAAAUUUUGUUUUAAAAUCCUUUUUGGCCAUUAAUGGGUUAAGUAUAGUCCAUGAGCAUUGAUGAAGGCAUCAAUUUUGGGUUAUAUGAAGCCUUUCAAGGGUGCUUUGAUGCAGGUUGUAAUACAGUUAGUUCUUUGUGGGAAAAAAUCAGAUUGAUUCUUGUUUAGUGAGGAAUACCAUGUAAUAAGUUUUUGUAAGGUUUCAGAAGCUCCAGUCGCUCUUUCAUCCAGAAAAGAAAAAUACAAGGAAUUGCUCUUAUUGUAUUGAAAAUGUGUUUAUUUA